UCUGAGAGCUGACACCACGGAAAGUCCAGUGAUAAAAAUUGUGUCAAGCGGUCUUCGCACUAUGAUUCUUUUUAACAACUCGAUAAUGGCGGCAAAACAAGGCACAUCAACACCAUAUUCUCUACAAAAACCGAGAAAAAACUGGGUGACACCUAAACAAGCAGCACGAGGUGUUACAGUCCUGCAGCACAAAAAUGAAAUGGGCGAGAAAAUAGAAGCACUCACGACGGUUUUGGGUCAAUUGACUGAGGCGGUUGGUUGUCUGAACUCGACAUAUCAGAAACUGGUCACGGUGACUACAGCUCUGAACAAAAACGUCGACACUAUGCUAACCAGAAAAUUAGAGGAAACUACCAAGUCGGCAACAGUUCUUAAAAAAAGUGGCCGAGUCAUGCGAAAGAAUGGGAUACGCAACUCAGCAUGCUCCGGGGGAACUACUAGACAACUUCGAAGCAGUCGUUCAUGAUAAUGUUAAUUUGGUCACUCUAAAAGCAAAUACUCCGGAACUAUGGGG